AGAUUAAGAGGGAUUCUAUUGUGUAAUAUGCGGGGCUUUUUAGUGGUUUAGCGUUUACUUGGUUAUGAUUGUUUCUCCAGUCACGUGAAGUAAGGAGACGAAUGAAGGUGGGAAGAGGUGGAUGUAACCAGGUCCCUGCCUAUACAUAAACUUAGUGAAGAACGGUUGAAGAACGCUUACUUGAACACGGCCACUUCCAGCCACGCAAAAGAAAAGAAAAUAAUGAUGAAACAGGACAAGGAUGAAGAGGAGAGAGGCAUGUGGGGGAACCAACGCGAGUUUUUCCUCUCCUGCCUUGGAUACGCCGUCGGCUUCGGCAACGUGUGGAGGUUCCCCUACCUGGCCUACAAGAAUGGUGGAGCGGCGUUUCUCAUCCCUUACGUCAUCAUGCUGCUGUGCACUGGGUUACCACUCUUCUUUAUGGAGCUGGUGCUGGGACAGUACACGAGUUUAGGACCCAACAUAAUCUUCCCAAAGAUGGCACCAAUCUUUGCGGGGCUUGGCUGGGGAAUGAUAAUGGUGUCUGCACUCGUCAGCAUCUACUACAACGUCAUCUUGGCCUGGGCAUUCUUCUAUACCUUCGCCUCCUUCACCAGCGAGUUGCCGUGGACCGACUGCGACAACGACUUUAAUACUCCAGAGUGUUACCUACUGCAGGAGGAUAAAGUGUGCAAGAAUAUGUCUAUGUUUUACUACAAUCAAACGUGCCUUGAACCAGAUGCAUAUUGUGGCUUGGUGAACCUUGUGUCUCUCAAUGCUUCACAUUGUUAUGAUCCAAACGAAAACGACAGUUUAGUGGUCGCUGAUGGAGCUGUGCACCGAAUAACCCCGAGUGAAGACUACUACAGGAACCGUGUGCUGGGUGUGACAGGCAAGACGUGGGAAGAUAUGGGGGGGAUGCAGUGGGAGCUGGUGGGGUGUCUGGCGCUGGCUUGGCUCAUAGUCUUUGCCUGCAUGGUCAAGGGCGUCAAGACUUCCGGCAAGGUGGUUUACUUCACCGCCCUGUUUCCCUACGUCGUCCUCAUCAUUCUCUUCGGCAAGGGUAUCACACUUGAGGGAGCCAGCCUGGGAAUAGAUUACUAUUUUCUGAAGCCUGACUGGUCACGCCUCGCGGACACAGAGGUGUGGAGUGAUGCUGCGAUUCAAAUUUUCUAUUCACUUGGGUCUUCCUAUGGCGGUCUCAUCACUCUGGCUUCGUACAACAAAUUUAAAAACAACUGUAUGAGAGACGCCAUCGUGAUCGCCUUCGCCAACUGCUCAACGUCGGUGUUCGCGGGUUUCGUCAUCUUCAGCAUUCUGGGUUUCCUGGCCCAUGAACUGGGCGUAGGCGUGGAGGAAGUGGCGUCGUCAGGGUCUGGCCUGGCCUUUGUAGUGUACCCGGCCGCCGUGACGCUCAUGCCUUUAGCGCCCCUCUGGUCCCUGCUCUUCUUCGCCAUGCUCAUCACCCUCGGUCUCGACUCCCAGUUCACGAUGGUAGAGGCAGUGACCACGGCUAUUUUAGACCAAUUCCUGUCCCUUCGGUCACGGAAGCCACUGGUAGUGGGCGUGACGUGUCUACUGCUUUUCAUCAUGGGCCUCACCAUGUGUCUCGAGGGCGGCGUGUACAUGUUUGAACUCUUCUUCUUCUUCUCUUCCGGCCUUUCCGUCAUCAUACUGGCGAUAACUGAGAUUGUGGGAGUCCACUAUGUUUAUGGGUUUAAAAAGUUUUUCCGACACAUUACGGAAGACAUGGGCAUCGUUGUCCCCAGACCACUUCACGCCUACUGGCUCCUCACGUGGUGUGCGGUGACCCCACUGGCGCUCCUGGGCAUUCUGGUGUUCUCAGUGAUUUACUCCGUCCCAGCUUACUGGGGUGAAUAUGUCUUCCCGCUCGGAAUACAAGUGCUCGGGUGGCUCCUUCUCUUCUCCUCUGUCAUCUUGGUACCGCUGGGGAUGAUUUACGCCGUAAUGACGAACUCAGGGAGCGGGAAAGAUUUGUUUGUCCCUACCCCGGACUUCUGCCCGGCUCAUGUGAGAGAAGAGAGAAGGAGCGGUCAGGUGAAUAAAGCAUGUGUCAUCAAGGACGCUCCUGUGGUGACAGUUCACCUUUAAUAUGGCUUGUUGUUGUAUUAGCACAGUUAUUAUUGAUUGUAUAACUUAUUAUUUGAUUGUAUACGUUAACUUGUAUUGUAUUAUUGUUUCGAGUAAGUGUUCACAGAUUCGAACCAAAUGUAAUCUAUGAAUGCCGGUUAGAGUUGAGUUAGCAGUUUCCCGCCCGCGGCUCCCGAGCUGUGUAGUAAUAGCCAGGUAAAGCCGGGAGCCCCUGUGUUUCACUGCUCCCUCGAAAGACACAACAUGGCUUGUCACCGGAGAUGAGGACAACAAUGGCUGCAGCAGUUUGUAGUACCACUAUUACUAUAAACCAAUGAAACCAAUGCUAUUGAUUACUACAAAUAGAUUAGCCGUACAGAUAUAUUUGAAUUGGUUGUCUAGACUUUCUUAUGACAGCUUCUUUAUUUGUAAAUGACUCACUAGCUCGUUGUCAGGGUCUUCAGGUGCUUACAGAGAAAAAUAAACAAAUAAAUAAAGUUUGUUAUAGAAAUUAUAAGGAUCAGUAAGUGAAUAAGUAAAUAAAUAUAUAAAUGAAAAUUUA